CUUAGAAGUGAAGGUACAUCAGAAUGAACUUCUUUAAAAAAUUGUUCAAUUGGAAAACUGAUACGAGCAGCGUGUCAAAGGUUAUUGAUAAUUUAUCUAAGGGUUCAGAAAACUCAAUUGCGGAAGGUUUUAGAUUAACUACGUCCAAUACAUUAGGAAAAAGGCUUUAUAGCGGUGAAUUGAAGAAAUGCACACUUAUUCCAGGAGAUGGUAUCGGCCCAGAAAUAUCUGCUGCAGUACAAAAAAUUUUCUCCACUGCUGGUGUACCCAUUGAAUGGGAGUCUGUAGAUGUAACGCCCGUCAGGGGGCCGGACGGGAAGUUUGGAAUUCCUCAAGCUGCCAUAGAUUCUGUCAAUAAAAACAAAAUUGGCCUCAAGGGCCCUCUCAUGACUCCAGUGGGGAAGGGACACAGGUCUCUGAAUCUUGCUUUGAGGAAAGAAUUUAAUCUGUAUGCUAACGUACGGCCUUGUAGAAGCUUAGAAGGAUAUAAAACUUUGUAUGAUCACGUCGAUGUUGUGACCAUCCGUGAGAAUACAGAGGGAGAAUAUUCAGGAAUUGAACAUGAAAUUGUUGAUGGUGUUGUUCAGAGUAUAAAAUUGAUUACUGAAGACGCAUCACGAAGAGUCGCUGAAUUUGCGUUUCAAUAUGCUAAAGAGAACAACAGGAAGAAAGUUACAGCUGUACACAAAGCCAAUAUUAUGCGAAUGUCAGAUGGACUCUUUCUCAGAUGCUGCAGAGAAAUGGCAAAAAAGUAUCCGGAGGUUAGAUUCGAAGAAAGAUAUCUGGAUACGGUCUGCCUCAACAUGGUCCAGGAUCCUACCCAAUACGAUGUACUAGUCAUGCCAAAUCUGUACGGUGAUAUUCUGUCUGACAUGUGUGCCGGGCUUGUUGGAGGAUUGGGUCUCACGCCAUCUGGAAAUAUUGGUCUCAAUGGAGCUUUGUUUGAAUCGGUAAUUUUGGUUAAAUAAUUAACUAUGUUAUUU